AUGGCCAACGCCCCUCUGAAGCGCAAGAUUGUCAUCCUGGGCUCGCCCAGUGUUGGCAAGACAUCCAUCACCCAACAAUAUGUCACUCCGCCCACGUACAACGACCAGUACUACCCGACAAUCGAGUCUACGUCUAAUAAGAUUGUCGUCCACAAGGGCGUACAGUACGACUGCGAGAUUGUCGACACUGCGGGGCAGGACGAGUUCUCGCUCUUCCCGCCAAAGUACGCGGUCGGCGUGCACGGCUACGUGCUCGUGUACUCGAUCACGUCGAAGCAGUCGUUUGACAUGAUCGUGUCACUCCACGAGAAGAUCCUCGACCAAGGUGGCCUUGACAAGGUCCCAUGUGUCAUCGUGGGCCAGAAGACCGACUUGGAGAAGGAGCGUCGCGUCACGAGAGCUGAGGGUGAGGCUCUUGCCAAGAAGCUAGGAGCCGCGUUCCUCGAGUCUAGCGCCAAGGACAACAAGAAUGUUGACCGCGCGUUCGAGGCCCUGCUCGGCGAGAUGCAGCGCGAGUACAAUCCUGCUCCGGCUCCGGCCAAGAAGGGGUGGUGGCCUUGGAGCUAA